AUUGCCGCACAGGGGCCACACGUUUUUCUUUUUUGGAAUAUUAUCAGGAGAAAAACUCCAUACGUACGGGCUGCCGCCGCCGCUGUCGGCUGCCGGCUUGCCGCAGCACAGCCUGCGACGAUUCCGCGUGCAGUGACGGAUGCUUCAGCCCUGCUCCACCGCAUCUACGCGUGCGCCCCCCCGCGCCGUCCUCCCCUUCCCAUCCAUCUCUCCUCCUUCCACCUUCCUUCCCCAUUCCCCUGUUGCUCGCAGACCAGAUCACCAGAGGCGCGCCACCGCCUCCACUUCAUCUCGCUGGUUGCUGAACUGAUGAUUGAUACAUCCCCUGCCGCGGUUAACGCGACAAUGCCACGGUGAUCAGCUUGGGGGGGCUGGCACCUUACAUGGUCCGCGGCCUGUUCGACGGAAUUCCCCGCCGGGGCGUCUCGCGGUGGGGCUCGGCCGUCCGCCCCCGCGCAGGAUGCUCUUGCGGGUCUACGUGGGCAUGCUGGCGCGCGGAGCCAGGCCCGACGCGUACACGUUCCCGCCCUUGCUCAAGGCGGUGACAGCGGCCGCGGAGCGGGGCGCAGUUGGGGAUGCUGUUCACGCGCACGUGGUUAAGUUCGGCAUGGAACUGAACGCCCAUGUGGCGAGCUCUCUGGUCCUCAUGUACGCGGCCAGGGGCGACGGCGCGGUGGCCCGGACGCUACUGGACGCGUGGCCUGCGAGGGGUGGAGACACGCCCGUGGUGUGGAAUGCGCUUAUCUCCGGCCACAGGAGGAGCAGGCAGUUCAGGCUGUCAUGCUGCUCUUUCGUGGAUAUGGUGAGGACCGGUGUGGUGCCAACGCCGGUGACCUACAUCACGGUGCUCUCAGCUUGUGGGAAAGACAAGUACAUCUGGCUUGGAAUGCAGGUGCACAAGUGCGUCGUGGCAAGCGGGGUGCUGCCUGAUCUCAAGGUGGGGAAUGCGCUUAUAGAUAUGUACGCGGAAUGCAGUGAGAUGGACGCAGCUUGGGAGUUGUUUGAAGGCAUGGAGGUCAGGAAUACUGUGUCCUGGACAUCGGUUAUCUCUGGGUUUCUGAGACUAGGCCAGGUUGAUCAAGCCAGGACACUGUUUGAUUGUAUGCCUGAGAGGGACACCGUCUCCUGGACUGCUAUGAUUGAUGGUUAUGUACAAGCUGGCCAGUUCAGAGAGGCAUUGGAGAUGUUCCGUGAGAUGCAAUUUAGCAAGGUGAGGGCAGAUGAGUUCACAAUGGUCAGCGUAGUCACGGCAUGCGCGCAGCUUGGUGCUUUAGAAACAGGUGAAUGGGCAAGGAUUUACAUGAGCAGGCAUGGGAUCAAGAUGGAUACUUUCGUUGGCAAUGCACUCGUAGACAUGUAUUCAAAGUGUGGGAGCAUUCAGCAGGCGUUGGGUGUAUUCAAAGAGAUGUACAUUCGAGAUAAGUUUACUUGGACUGCUGUUAUACUUGGUCUUGCGGUGAAUGGCCACGGUGAAGAGGCCAUCAAUAUGUUUUACAGGAUGCUUAGGGUGUUUGAAGCUCCAGAUGAGGUGACCUUCAUUGGUGUCCUCACUGCAUGCACUCAUGCUGGCUUGGUUGACAAAGGACGAGACUUCUUUCUCAGCAUGACUGGGUCCUAUGGGAUUGCUCCUAAUGUGAUGCAUUUUGGAUGCUUAAUCGAUCUCCUUGGCCGAGCUGGGAAACUAAAAGAAGCACUGGAAACAAUAGGUAACAUGCCUAUGAGACCCAACUCUGCAAUCUGGGGGACCCUUCUGGCAGCUUGUAGGGUUCAUGGUAAUUCAGAGAUAGGUCAAUUGGCAGCAGAGCAUCUUCUUGAGUUGGAUACAGAGAACGGCAUGGUUUACAUCCUUUUGUCCAACCUCUAUGCAAAGUCCAAUAGAUGGGAAGAUGUCCGACGGCUUAGGCAGGUAAUAAUGGAGAAAGGAAUCAAGAAAGAACCUGGUUGCAGUCUGAUUGAAAUGAACGGCACAAUUCACGAAUUUAUAGCUGGUGAUAGAUCUCAUCCUAUGAGCAAAGAAAUAUAUUCCAAAUUGGACAAGGUACUCACUGAUUUGAAGGAUGCUGGGUAUGUGCCUGACUUAACUGAGAUCUUUGUUCAAGUCACGCGAGAAGAAAAAUAGAAAGUUCUUUAUUGGUGCAGCGAAUAGUUGGCUGUCGCUUUUGCAGUACUCAUAUCAGAUUCUAAUGCGACACUGAGGAUCGUGAAGAGCUUGAGGAUGUGUAUGGGUUGCCACAAUGCAAUUAAACUAGUAUCCUAAUUGUACACAAGAGAUAUUUUUGUGAGGGACAGGACAUGCUUCCACCAUUUUAGACAUGGGCUCUGCUUUUGGAAGGACUAUUGGUAACUCAGUAGGGAUCUAUCAUAUUAAAGAAUGGAAUAUCGGUGGUCUUGAGUCUGAGUGAUUGCUCAAUGGUUAACAAGGAUUUCUCAUUUCAACGUUGUACUGAGUGCAAAGUUGUAGCUCGGAGAACAAAGUUAGAAUUGCGACAAUAUUCUCAUGCCAUUAGAAGCUAUACAUUUUAUGUUCUCUUUGGGAUCAUCUCCAACCUUUCUGUUUCUGAACACUGAUUAUUAUAUUGGUGCAACAUUUAUUGAAAGAAAGCUUUUCAGAGACUUCCAUGGAGGAAAUUCUUGUAGUAACAUUGAUUUAUAUUCCGGCAUGAAAUUGGUUAUUUUGUGCAACCGUUUUCUAUCAAUCACUUGGUUAAUCAAUUGUUUGUGUCUGGUGAAGCUUUACUGUUUUGUGCUUAGUCAAACCUGGUAUGUUCUGUCCCCUCCAGUCCGCAGUUUUCAUAUGUUUGAUCCCGUUGACUAGUUGACAUUUGAAUGUAUUUUUAUAAUCUGAAAAUAUUGGCCAACUUUCAACAUAGGGUAUUUUAAUUCCAUGCUUGUUCAUAGUUGUUCACUAAAUCUUGACACACCUGAUGAGUCAGUCGUUCUGUUGAGUGGUUAUUGGGCUCAAGGCCCAUUCUUCUGUUGGCACAUGUGGUCCAAGUCCAUUUACCAACUAACCCUAAAUUAGGGGAGUUGCACACACUCGUGGAGCUCUAGCCACCAGAGCAAGAACAAGUGCAGACGAGAAGCCACAGAAUCCAAUAAAGGCGAGCCUGGGGAUUCCGAGCUCCCUUGCAAUGUCACCAGUCCACCAGUGCAUCACGUCGGAUAUUAUGCAGCUCGGAGGCGGGUGCACGGAGGUGCGCUGCGAGCGGUUCCCGGAGCGCGCCGCAGGCAUCCAAGAAGUUCACGAGCAGAUCACUGGAGUGAACCAAGUCUAGGUUCUCGCACCCGUCUGGUAGGCCGAAGCCCACGGCUGGGAAGCGGAGCUGCACGAGCUGGACCGCCAGGCCCGCCGCAUCCACGUCAGCAAUGAAGCCCGCUAACCUGUAGGCGUUCACCGGCGUGGUGAUGAAGCUGACCUGCGCACCGUGUUCAGCCAUCAGGCGGGCCAUGUCCGUCAUGGGAAUGGAGUGGCCUGGCGCCAUCAUCGGGACCAGCACGAAGUGCGCCCUCGGGGGUUCGCUCUGCCCGCUGUUGACGAAGGUCAUGGCUGCGUGGCAGUGAAGGUGGUGAAGUGAGUCAAGCCGGGAGCUGGACAGCAGCGCCGGCAAGAUGCGGUAUGGGAUAACGAGCUAGGUUGCAGUGGCGACAGUGGUGUACAUAUAGCACCUGGUCCUGGUACUUCAGGGGAAGUUGACCAGCUGACGAUUCGAAUGCAAUCAUGCAAGGAGUGCAGUGGCAGCAGCGUAUCAACUUGGUCGCUUCCUCCGAUGACGCAAGCUCACACGUCAGUUAUGUACUCGUGGAGUUAGCCAUGUGGAUGGAGCUUCUGGAGAUCCGUCCGAUCGGAGGCCCAGAUGAACGCGCGCAACAGCCUGCCAGGCUCAAGAGUCUACUGCUUGCUGACUUUAGCAGCCCGCCCAAGUGGAUGAUUCUGAACUUUAGUCCACUACUGCUAGGCUGCUUGCUUCUCAACGCUGUUAGAAGAUUUAAUGUACUACUGUAAUCCCUAGAAUCUCUACGUCUGGGCAGAAUCCUCGCGCUCUCAGCGCUCUGAGGCUUUCCGCGCGUGUGUUUGGGCCGUCUUGUCAGCGAGGCUGGGGUCUGACGGUUUGCUUCGCGUACGUGUCGUCGGCUCGUUGCUCGUGGGUCGGUUCGAGGGGGCACCUGGUGGGCUUCGUGAGCUUUCGCCUGGCCGUCUCUUGCCGUCUCUUUGCUCGUGUUUCUUUUUUUCGUCUCUUUCCUUCAGCAAGGGGCCCUCCUCUGCCGAUUCCUCGCUGCUCGCGGUUGUUGCGCCGCCGGCUGCUGCUGCUCUUCUUGCCUCCCGUCUUGUUGUGCGCUGCUGCUUCCAUUGUUUUCUCCCUUCCAUCCGGUGGUCUGCGCCGCAGGUUGUGCUGGUGGGAGUUGUUCGUUCGGUGUGGUCCUCUUCGUCUGUUCGUGUCUCUCGUGCUGCUGGUUGCUGUUCGCUAGGAAAGGGGGAGCCCUAGAUGCGCCGCGCCGCCAGCAUCUCCCAUGGCCGAUGCUCCUUCCAUGGCGCCUGCACCCGCCUCCCGUCUGUAAGGGGUAGAUCCUCCCCCGGCGCCGAGAUCGACGACACUCCCGCACCACGCGUCGUCUUCAGGAAUUCCAUUCACCGUGUUGUCAUCUUCUUCAGAGGGACAGCCUGAAAGCAUUGUCCAGGACAUUGAAAAUAUGAUGCACCUACACAUUGAUAAGGUAUUGAUAUUGCUUCAGUGGGUGCACAUGCCCAUACACAAGAUGUGCUUGUAGGUGCUUACUUAUGGAGUAAAACAUUUAUACCUUCUUUUGUAGCCAGACUGAAUCAGGGGCGGAGGGAGCACCCAGGCUAGCACGGGCUCUGGCCCCCUCUAAUAUUUGGAAUUUGUACUUGACCCUCCUCAUAACCUUUGCAAUUUUAUCCUAUAAGUUUCAGUUUU